UUGAAAAACAUUCCAAUUGGUUUACAGAAGAAAGACAGGCUUUCACGCCAAGAACAUUGAGGAAUAAAGCAAAGUCAUUCCUUUUGAAGUACAAGUAUUAUACAGCACCUAAAAACAUGCAAGGCAAUCCAAGUGUAACUCCAACAUAUAAUGAAAGCUUUACAGACAAGUCUCCAGUUCCGUUUCAUCUGGAGACAGACUGUCCAGUACGGUAUCAAUCACAGGAAAUGGGGGAGUUGAAUCCUAGAAUCCUACAGAGUUCCGCUACAGUGAAAUUGAAGCUGAUGGCAUGGGAAGAUGAGAUGAAAUAUUUACGAUUUCUCAAAGAAGUAACGGAUGAUAUAUUGUGCAGAGGUUACCAUUCUAACAGGAUCCUGGAAAACAUUUUUCAAAUACACGUUGAAAGAAGCAAAUACCAUCUUAAUGAGGACAAGUUGAAAAAUAUCCUACAAAACCUGAGACAUGAGCUGCAAACAGAUCUAACUGUUAGCUUCUCUGAAUACAGGACAGAAGCAGAGAAAAUUCUACUUCUCAGUAAAACAUCUGACAGAGCACACAGAGCUGCAGGAAAACGUGAGUGAAGCACACUGAAAGAGAACUCAGACCUGACUGACAAUGAGAACAUAUAUCCAAGAAAAUGGCAAAAACAGAAUGAGUUUGAAAACUUGAGGAAAAAACUCGCUAUACAACUUUCUAUAACAGAUCAAGAUUUCAAGUAACAUGUUCACUCUGAAGAUAAGUAGCAAGGAUGUAUAAUAUAUCACCUAUCAAGAUCACUGCGUUCAUAAUAGAUACCCUAGAUGACCAGUUCUUUUACCAGUUUCAGGAGAUACCGAAGUAAAGCUUACUAAGGUCAUUGAGACCUAUCAUUAUCACUUUUCUGCCCUUUAGGUUUCAAAUUUACUUGUAAUUUAUCAAUUUCCAGUAAUGAGUAGAUGGUGAAACUUCCUGCUCCACUCAUAUAACUCUGAAAAGAUUAUCUGAAUGUUCUAUUGAGCAAUAAAAAUGAUUUAUCUUCCAGCUA